CCAUUCAUUCAACCCGAAAGAAAGGCGUAAACUUUCAAUUUUACCCAAUUCUGAUUUCUCUCUGUUGUCUUGAGACUCCAAAACAGACCCUCCAACUGAUUAAUCUUUCUCCACAUCUAUCUCAUAACGGUUCUCAGAAUUCCUAGGCUCUAAGCAACCGAAGGAUUAGCUCAAGCUCAAGUAGAUGACAUGUUAUUUUCUAUCCUUAGUUUUCGUUCAAAAUUCCAUAUAAAUCUCUUCAAUUAGGUGGAGGGUCCUUUUUCUCGAGAAAUUCAAUGGAGGAAUGAGUUUCAUGAAGCGCUCCGUUUCCCCUGUUUUGCUUAGAACUGAAUUAAGAGAUUGGUGGGUUAUAUUGAUGUGAACCCCAUACAGGUUUCUCUACAAUUCCCAUUUUGGAUUGAUCCAAAUGGGUUCUGUUAAUCAGUUUUUGUAUCAGAAGAUGGUUCUCUUCGCCCAAUCUUUCUGGGUUUCUGUUUCUACCUACUUGCUUCCUCUGUUUUCUUUCAUCUUCAGAUACUUCUUCAGAUUUCAGGAAGAUGAUAAGUCUGGAACGAAGAAUUUGAAUUUGAAUUGGAAUGGUUCGGAGAACCCUCCUCAAGAAAUCAAACAAACUGAUCUGAAUUGCGCAGACCCAGACAAAACGGCAGAAACAGAAGAUGGAGAAGAAGCAGAGCUUGAUGCUGUCAAACUUGAGGAUUCGGAGGUUGAAGAAGAGACACCGAAGUCCUUUCUCAGUUUCAAGUUUCAAGCUUAUGAAGAGUUCGCCAAAACCCUUGGAGGGAAUGGCGAUCCUGUUAGCCCUGAAACCAUGAGCACCAACAAGCAUGAGUUCAUGCAUGGGAAGGAAGUCAGCUCUUUCAUGGAAGAGCCAGAGGCUGUGAGCUUCACUGUGAAAGAACUAUAUACAAAUUCCAAUGAUGGGUCUUCACAGGAAAACGAUUUCUCGCAACAGAACUCAGAAGCAGAGGCUGUUCAUGGAGAAGUUUCAGAGAUUUCUCUGAAACUAGAUCAGCUUUCUGAAAACGAACAGCCUCAUGUUUCUGAAAAGGAAGUUCAGUUUCUUUCUCCAGAGGACGUUUUGGCCUCAGAUUCUAAGUCCGAGGAGUCUACUAAUUGGAGCCCUGAUUUGUCUCAGUCAGUUGAUUCGAAUAGCAAUGAGUUUUUGUCUGAUAAAGAUUUUGAAGAGCUCGAUAAUUUGAUAGACAUAGGUGGGCAGCAAAUAGAUUUGAGGGAAUUGAUGAAGGGAGUUUUAGGCACAGAAGAUGAUGAUUUCCAUCAAGAACUUCAAAGACUGGAAGAAUCUGAACUGAAUGGUUCAGAUGCCUUGGCCUCAGGAAUGUUGUCUGAGGAAGAUUUUCAUGGAGAAAGGGUCAAUCCUGAAGAGGAAGAACAUGGUGGCCAGGCCGGUGGAAACAAGAAUAAUUUAGAUGAGACUGAAGAUUCAAACAGAUUGGAAACACUGUGGGAACACCAAGAAUUGAUCGAGCAGCUGAAGAUGGAACUGAGAAAGGUCAGAGCCACAGGCCUGCCCACAAUCCUUGAAGAAUCCGAGUCCCCAAAGAUGAUGGAAGACCUCAAGCCUUGGAAGAUCGACGACAAGAAGUUCCAACACGAAGAGCGAAUGGAUGAGCUCCACAAGAUAUACAAGCUUUACAGUGAGAGGAUGCGAAAAUUCGACAUCUUGAAUUACCAGAAGAUGUAUGCAAUAGGUUUUCUCCAGUCGAAGGACCCACUCCAAUCCAUUUCAGGCCAGAAAUCUUCAGUUCCGGCAUUCACGUCUCUUCUGUCCCAGAACUUUCGUCGCAAGAAGUCUGAAACCGACCCAAUGGUGAAGUUCAUUAAGGAGUUGCAUAGUGAUCUAGAGAUGGUUUAUGUGGGGCAGUUGUGUCUUUCAUGGGAGUUCCUCCAUUGGCAGUAUGAGAGAGCCCUUGAGCUCUGGGAAUCUGACCCUCGUGGGAUUCGUAGAUACAAUGAAGUUGCAGGAGAAUUCCAGCAGUUUCAAGUCCUGAUGCAGAGAUUCAUAGAGAAUGAACCAUUUCAAGGGCCUAGGGUCCAAAACUAUGUCAAAAAUCGCUGCGUUCUUCGCAAUCUUCUUCAAGUUCCUGUCAUGAGAGAGGACAGCUUGAAGGAGCAAAAAAGGGCCAAAAGAAAGGGACCAGACAAUGACACAAUCACAAGCGAUAUGCUAGUUGAGAUCAUGGAAGAAUCCAUCCGAAUCUUCUGGCGAUUUGUCAGAGCCGAUAAGCUCGAGUCCAAGGGGAGGAAGGGGACUCAUGUGGAACUCCAAAACCCAGAAGAAUCACAACUUUUCAUAGAGAUUCGAACAAGUCUUCAAAAGAAGGAGAAGAGGCUGAAAGAGAUACUGAGGAGUGGGAACUGCAUAUUGAAGAAGUUCCAAAAGCAUAGGGAGGAUGAUGGAGAUCAAGUGCUUUACUUCUUCUCUCAAGUGGACAUGAGGCUGGUGGCAAGGGUUCUAAGUAUGUCUAGAAUAACAUCAGAGCAGCUAGUUUGGUGUAGGAAUAAGCUGAACACUAUUAAUUUUGUAAGCAGAAGGAUACAUGUAGAGCCCUCAUUUUUCCUUUUUCCAUGUUGAUUAUUAGCUUAUAUUUAGGCAUAAGCAUAGUGACCUUUUAACACCUAUUUUCAUUUUACAUUAAUAUAAAGAGAUCAUUGUUAGGUGCAUGUGAUUGUUCAAUUGCUAUCUUGGCCUUGAUGUUUUUGCAAA